GGUUUGGGUGUGUUGGGGCGGACCACAUCGACGGACAGGCAGUCCCGUUCCAGGGGUGCAUUCCUGGGUGCUGUGUUCCCAGACAGAUGGUGCAGAGGCUGGGGGGAAAGUUGGGGUCCUCACAAGUUGGGUUUGUCCGCUGAGGGCGCAGCUGCUAUUAGCCAUGAUCGUGAGGAGUCGAGUGUGGAGUUGGUGGAUGAGUAAGUAGCACGGCCAAGAAGUGAACCACAAAGGCGUGUGGAUGGACUGUGUUGUUGCUAUUCUAAUUGAUUGAUUGAUUGAUUGGCUUAAUGGAUCGAGUCUUCGACAGGUGGAUUGAUUGAUUGCUUGGCUGGUGUCUUCUUGAUCUCACCCUAUUGGGAAGUGGAAGGAAGGCUUUCUCUCUGUUUAAAGAGGAGCCUAAUCCUUCGUAUGGCCGUCUCACUCAGCUCUCCUUAGCGAUCGCAAGGCCUCUCUACCUACAGGUACACACACACACACACACACACAGAGAGAGAGAGAGAGAGAGAGAGAGAGAGAGAGAGAGAGAGAGAGAGAGAGAGAGAGAGAGAGAGAGAGAGAGAGAGAGAGAACAGGGGGGCUGGACCACUAUCCAUUCAUCGUAAUCGAGCGCAAUGGCGUCGCUGCUGUGUGGAUCGUGUCCAUCGACAAGCUAAUGCUGAAAUGGAUCGACAAAAUGGUGUUGACUUGAUGGUUUUGAGGGAUAUGCCGUCUUUUCAGGCCGCCCCGAAUUGACUUAUCUCAAGAAGGCAACCACUGAAGGACUUUCUUUUCUUGACAGACUCAGGACAUUGCGUGAUCUGACGCACAAGAUUUUCAGAGACAUACACAGGAGCGAACGAGCGAGCAAGACACAGAGAGAGAGAGAGAGAGAGAGAGAGAGAGAGAGAGAGAGAGAGAGAGAGAGAGAGAGAGAGAGAGAGAGAGAGAGAGGAGGAGGAGGUGGUGUACUAUCUUCGUAUUGCGAGGAAAAAAAAAGCUAUUCGGAUAUUCAUUUGCAAGCCGGCGGCGAAUCAAGGAGAGCUCAGCCCUGUGCGCAUAGAAGAUGGCAUGCACCUUCCUGUCUUAAUGUGAGAAAAGGCCGCAUGAAGUGACGUGUCUCACAGUGGGAGCAUGGCAAGGCUGCCCGUGUCUAGGCAGGAAUAACUAUAGUCAGGCUGCUGUCUGAAAGGAUUGCCAGUCGACGCUUCCUCUUUCCUCCCCUCUCCUCCCGCCCCCCCCCGGGGCUCGUUCCCCUCCACCAAGUGCGUGGUUAGUGGUCCCGUCAACGCAUUAAGUCGGGCAUCGGUGUUCGUGUUAUUGGGGAAGGGGUGGAGGGGAGGGGGGAGGGGGGGGAAGGGGGGCGUUGGCUGGGAUUGAAGGGUCGGUGGUCGAACGCGACGUGUGUGGGGAGUGUAUUGGACAAGGGUCCAGGGUUUUGCGCACUUUGGGGGAGCCGGUUUUUGGAGAGUGUGGGGGGGAGGGGGGGGGGGGGGGGGGGGGGGGGGGGGGGGGGGGGGAGGGGAGGGAGGAGAGAGGAAGUCUUGAGGAAGCUUCUGGAAGCGGCGCUGGUUGACAGCGCGGAAAGCCUUACACAUCUUGGAGGAGGCGAUCUUGCUCGUGCACAUCCUGCGAUCUACGUGGCAGUAGGGGGUGAGGGGCUGUGGCAGGAGGGGUGACGAGUGGGCGGGGCCUUCCGCCACUGAAGAUGGCUUCCGAGGGUGGAGCAGGGGGGAAUGCAGCUGGAGCGAAAGAUGCACGCGCGGGAUCUGCAUCUGCUUCUGCGGGAGACGCGGCAGUGUCAUCAAGUGCGGUGUCAUCAGGUGAUGUGGCAGUGGCAGGAGGCGGGGGAUCGAAGGAGGUAUCCGCUGACGUGGCAAGCGCGCCACCUCGUCCAAGGGGAGCUUGGUCGCAGGUUGUGAGGGGAGCCGAGCCUAAGGGAAGGGGGGCUGGGGGAAGUGGCGGGGGCGGCGCAGCCGGACGGGGAAUGGGAGGUGCUGGUGCCCCUCCGAGCCCGAGCCCUGGUCCCAAGGGCCCGAGUGGCGGCGGCGCUGGCGAGGGCUUGGCUGCCGUUGUGAGGGGUUCUGUUGGGGGGGCUGGGGAUGGGCCAGCAGGGGGAAGUGGGCGCGGGGCGGGAUCAGGUGGCGGCGAUGGCGGCGCGAGUAGCAGAGGGGAGAGGAGAGCAGGCGGAGGGGGCUCGCGAGGAAGAGCGGGUGGGGGAGGCGCUGCCCAUGGGCCCGACGGCGAUCAUCAUCACCAUCAAGACGGCCAUCACCAUCAGCAGGGAAUUGGCGGCGCUUCUUGGAAAGCUGUGAGGCCAGCCGCCUCGGGGGACGCGAAGAACGUGCAAUCGGACUCGAAGAGCGGAACAGGGCCAGGAGGCAGCCACGUGGUCGCCCGAGGACAAGCAGCCAGUGCAGGAGUGAGAGAAAGCGGAAAUGCUAGCGGCAGCGGAGGCGGAGGAGGAGGAGGAGGAGGAGGAGGAGGAGGAGGAGGAGGAGGAGGCUCGUCUACAUCAGGCGGUGGGGGUGUAGUUGCAGGGGGCGAAGCGGCGGCGGCGGCGGCGGCGGCUGCUGCUGCGCCGCCGCCGCCAUCUCCGGGAGGAGGGACUUCAGGGUCAUUCUCUGCCGCCGCCACUGCUUCGGGAUCCGCGGCCCCUGAUGCGCCAGGAGAGGCGGGGAACAAGGAGGCGGCUGCGCCGAAACCGCCUUCCAAGCCUGCCUGGGGGCGACCCAGCGGGCCCACCGCACCCCGAACCGGCGCCGGGCAUUCCGUCGUGAUGGGGGCGGUGUCGUGGCCAACCCUAGGCGACUCGAAGAAUAAACACGGCGAGGAUAAUAAAGCUGCUGUUAAGGCUGAUGGACCCGCAGUGGAACAGCCGACACGUGUUGAAAGAACCAACAAACCACAGGCCGCUGUGCAGAUGUCUACAAGGUCGGUAGUGAUUGCGGGCAGCGGUGCCGGAAGACAUAGGGUGGGUCAGAAAAAAUACUCUCAGGCGCAGCAGCCGCUGCAUCAGCAGCAGAAUGCUUCGGCUGGUACCGGAAGUGGUGCCGUUGCUGGUGAUGCAGGGCAGCAAGGGGCUGCAGCAGCCCGCAAUGCUGGAUCCAAAGAGAACGGAGGGGAGGCUGGACCAGCAGGGGAUGUUAAGGGGCCAGGAACAGUGGAAGGCUCUACUAAGUCGGUAACAGCGGAGGCUGGUGUCCUGGGAGUUAGUCAGCAGAACAGACAGCAUGGGGGAGGAGGAGGUCCACACAAAGGGUCUAAUCAGGGUGGUGCUCAUGUGGGAGGAGGUGGGCAUGGGCAUCAUCCUCAGAGCCAGAAUCAGCAUCCACAGCAACCUGCUCAGCCGCAGGGUCAAGGAGGUACAGGUGGGGGAUCUCAGACUGGAGGGCCGCAGCCGCCGCCGCCGCAGCAGCAGCCACUGCUUUCACCACAUUCUGGGGGUGGAGCUGCUCAGCAUCAGCAUCAGUAUCCUCGCGGCAGGGGGUUUGCCAGGGGUGGGUUCCACACAGGAGGUCGUCGUGGAGGAAGGGACCAAGUGCGUGGAGGGGGGUUCACUUGGGGACCGAGAAACUAUGCUGGUAGGGGUGGAUUUCAUGAUGCUACCAGUGAACGCACACCUGGAUCCCAGCAGCCUCCCCGUUUUCAGCGGGCUCCCAUGAGCCCACUUAUCUCCAACAAUUCGGUUCAUGGUUUUGGAGGGCCGGGUGCUCAUCGUGGAGGGUCAUCGAUGUAUUUCGUUCCCACUUCGGCAGCAGGAGUUGCACCUCGACCCUCCCAGUAUCCACGCUUCGGAGCUCCUGGCAUCAUCCAGGGUCCUGAAGCAGUGUUACCACUUCGGGCAAGGAUUUCCAAACAGAUUGAAUACUAUUUCAGCAUUGAGAACCUCUGUCGGGACAUUUACUUGAGACAGCAAAUGGAUGAGCAGGGGUUUAUCCCCGUCUCUGUAAUUGCAGCUUUUAACAGGGUAAAAAUGCUCACAGUGGACGUGUCAGUUAUUUUGGAGGCCUUGGCCGAUUCAUCAGUUGUGGAAGUGCAGGGGGAUAAAGUCCGCAAGAAGGAUGACUGGUCAACAUGGCUGCUGCCAGCAGGGCACUUCAUUCCACCCCCACCGUUUCCAUCCAAGGGGUCCCCUGAGAAGGAAGAACCUGCGAAGGACGAGGCCGGGGCAGAUGUGAGCAAAGGGACUUCCGGCACAGAUGUUAAGUCUGGUGGUGGCGAAGGAAGAGAAAAUUGUGUAGGGGAGGAAGGAGACAGAGAAGUUUCCCAGAAAGAGGAUCCACCUUCAGCAGCAGAGCUGUCACCACCGAUUGCACCAGGAGAAGACAACAGCAAGGUUGUAGGCGAGGAAGCUUCAGUGACAGGAUCUGUACCUUCCCUAAAGAAGGUUGAGGUAGUAAGCAUGACUAGCGGCGCUCAUGAGGUUUCAGUGGCUCCCAGUAGGCAGAUAGACGAAUCACAAACUUGUGUGGAGAGGGGGGUUGAGAGAUCUGAAAAAGCAAAAGGGGAUAAUGAUGAAAGGCUUGGCGAAAGUGUGAUGCCUUCUAAUCGUGCUGCUGUGUCAACGGCUAGUGAUCUCGUGGAGGAUGCAGAUGCUGUUUCUAGUCGAAUAGAUGACAAGGAUACUCAGCAAGAAAGGAAUAUGAAGUUGUUGACUGCAGGGGAGGAGUCGCUGGUGAGAUCGAGUGAAAGUGUGUUGCAUCUUGAAGCGGGCGCAGAGCGGGAUGCAGAGAGAACAAGUGACUCUGGCAUUGAAAGCGUGUCACGUGUUGCCGAUAGUGGGGAUUCCUCUGUCAUGAGAAUUGGUGAGGAAAAUAGAGGGGACAGUACAGAGGAUAAACUUUCAGGAGACAGUGCGCCUCUCGAGAAAGGUAUUGCUGACCAAGAUGCUGCUGAAAGAAGGCAAGAAAAAGUCAAUACUGUAACUGUUCUGACGAAGGGCAUGGAGCGUGAGGGAGGGUCAAUACUCCGUCAAGCGUUGCCAAGCCGAGGGGUGGGAUUGGGUAUUGUUGUUGAAGGGUUUGAUACUGGCAAAUGGGCGGGUAAUUCGAAGUCAACAGGUGAAGGUGAUGGUGAGUUGGAUGUGAGUUCCCCUCGGUUGGAUGCUGAUGUUGAGAGUGGGGUGGUGGCAGAUGAUGAAGGAGAGUGGGUCACCCCUUCAACAAGGAACCCACGAAAGAAGACUCCUGGGAGUGGAGGAAAAAGACCGCCAACAGGGGUCAGUGGAGGAAGAGGUGGAGGAGGUGGUGGCCUGGCUGCUCUAUUUGCAAAGAAGGCUUCAAGUGAGGUGGAUGAUGAGGAGCAAUUCAAGCUGGAUGAGGAAAUGGAAUGGGAGCUGCCGGGAACUAAAGGGGCUAUGAAGGAGAAGGAGACUGCUGUGCCAAAAGGAAAGCAGGCUGAUGAUGAUGAGGACGAUUCAGAGGUGGACGAUGGCGCCGUGCAGAGGCUUAUUGUUGUAACACAGAGUCGUAAAGCCGCCAAGUCUGAUAGGAAGGGCCCAGAUGGGAGAGACCAUGGCAGGAAAGCAGUUUCAGAUGAGCUUGCAUCUGUCAUCAAUGAUGGCCUGUAUUUCUAUGAGCAGGAGAUCAGGCGAGGCAGGAGUAAGCGAAGGGAAGGUCAACAUCGCGAGCGAAAGGUUUCAGUGGACUCCACUGGAGCCCCCCGAACAAGUGGUGCUCUCUCAAGCGGUGAGGGUGGGCCAAGGCACUCAAGGCAACUGUCAUCAGGGGGAGUGUCUUCUGGAGGCGAGGGAGCAGGUCCAAUAGAGGGAAGACUAGGAAGUGGACGGCGGUUGUCAUCUGGGGGGGCUGCCAUGUCCUCUGGUGGCGAAGGAGGUGUUGGAACACGCCGACUGUCGUCUGGCAUGUCGUCUGGCGGAGAAGGUGGGGGAUCGAGGAUGUCGGGGAUAUAUGUUGGCAGCUGGGGAAGCAGUGUUAUGAGUGCGGGAAGUGGCUCUGAAGGUCCAGUAAAUCGACCGCCUCGAGGGGACUACCGCAGACGGCCAAUUGCAAUACCAAAUCAUCAACGACUGUUUGGAAGCGCGUCAAAGGAUCUGCGAAGCAGACGUCAUAUGCAGUCUGAGAGUCCACCAGGAGACUCCGUCGGAUUCUUUUUUGGGACGACACCAACUGACAGCUUCAGUCAUGGAGUUCUUGGGUCAUCGUUUGGUUCUUCAAGGCUUGGGACGUCACCAUAUGGGACAUCUCCUGGAAGUUUCGGUGCUGGCUUUGCUGGGACAAGCCCUGUAGUUGGCUCCGUUGGCACUGGCGUAGGAUCGGCUCCUAGAUCAUUCCCACACUUCCAGCAUCCAAGCCAUGCUUUGUUGGAGGACAAUGGGUUCAAACAACAGAAGUAUGUGAAGUUCCAUAAGAGAUGCCUUGCUGAGCGAAAACGGUUGGGCAUUGGACUGAGCGAGGAAAUGAAUACACUUUUCAGGUUUUGGUCAUACUUUCUUCGAACUAACUUCAACAGGGCGAUGUAUAACGAGUUCAGACAGCUCGCAGAAGAGGAUGCAGCAUCCAACUACAACUAUGGAAUGGAAUGUUUGUUUCGGUUUUACAGUUAUGGGCUUGAGCAAAAGUUUCGGCAGGAUCUGUAUGAGGACUUCGAGAAGACGACCUGGGAGACUUAUCAGAAGGGAAAUCUGUACGGGCUUGAGAAAUACUGGGCAUUCCAUCAUUACCGAAAAGACAAGCGCACACGAGACAUCCAGAAAAUGAGUGAAUUAAAGGCGGUCUUGGAAGAGAAGUUCCGGACUCUUGAGGACUUCCAUCGUGCCAAAGGCAGGAUUCCCAAGGCGGAAGGUGACGGCCAGUCAGGUGCACUGCAAUCGGGAGAGCAAGUUGGGAGUUUUGCAGACAGGUUGAGUGAGGGUGCCGGGUCAGGCCGUGAAAGUGGAUCGAGGCAUAGUCGCGCAAGGGAAGGAGGAGGUGGUGGUGCAUCAAAGAGAGUCAAGGAGUGGGCACCGAAGGAUCCUGCCAAGGCAGAUAAAGUAGAUGAAUAUGCUCAGCUUGGACAGCCAGGUUCGUUAUCAUCCUCGCUUCCAAAAAGCUUCCCAAGAGCUUCCACGACCCCAGGCACUUCUCCCCGGGUCUCCAGCCCCUUGGCGAUGAUGAUACGGUGAUUUGAUGGAACUUGGUGUGUGGGAUUUCACCUCUUGUGUCUCUCGAGAUAGCUGUUUUUAGCGAUUGUGUGUAGUCUUGUGAGACUAAUAGCAAAGGGAGGUAGUUUUGUGAUUGGAGACUUGGUUGCCAUAGAGGUGGUACCGGAUUCACUUGAUAAACCAGGUCUGCUACUCUUGAAGUACGCGGCCGUGUUUGUGUGCUGCGCCGAGAGACGAGGAGAGAAGAGAGCAGCGUAGAAUAUGCCAUUCCUCAAGGCAUAUGUGUCCAUAGUUCGUUUUGGAGAUAAUCGCUGGCUGGAAUGCUGUUAAGUGCCUGUAAAAAGGCUUUGCAGGACACGCCACCAGGAUAUGCUGUUGUUUUGUUGAUGAAGCAGCAAUGAAUGACAGACAGCAAGUAGCAGUGUUUAUGAGCUGAACUCUGCUGGCGUGUUUUGGCUUUGAGUUUGAAGGAGAUUGUGGAGAUGAGAAUUUUGUCCAUCCAUCAUCGAACUGCCUGUGGUAUGGCAACCUGAGCUUUGUCUUUCCACCAUCAGAGGCUUUUUGGGCAGCGCUAACAUUUGGAGUAUGAAUCGGGCUAGGUUGGUGACCUGUGCAUUUUGCCUCUUUAGGGUUAGGCUGUUACUUCACGAGUUUUGGCAUCAGCGUAGAAUGCUGUGCGCAAAUACUAGGCAUGUGUUUGUCUCUUUGGUGGUGGUGUAGCAUAAAAAGUGGACCUGGUGUAGAGAGGCCCCUUUUCUUUUCGCACGGAUUCGUUGUGUGAUGAACUCGAUCUGGAAGGGGUGCAGUGUCUUAGGUUUUGUUUUCGAAACAUGGGUGCGAUUGAGGAUCUGGAAGAUUGAUGCCGGUGCAGUUUUUGCAGUUGCUGAUGCAGCCGAUGAUCUGGCUGCGCAGCUCGGCAGUUCGCACAGCUUCCGAUGGCCGCAGUUUUGUUCACAAGGGUGCGUGUGCUAAAAAGAAAGAGAAAUAAAAUGCUAAGUAGCAAGCAGUCCGCUCUGUCCAUCCGUGAAGGCAUUGUGGCAGAGCAGAAAUUUUAUCACAAGGGCUGAUGGGUGAAUGAAGAAGGCACACGAGA